GUCUUAUCUCCAUUUAAGCCACCUUUUGUAUAUGAUCACUUCAAUGGUGUGGAGUAUAGGAUCAAAAGAUACAGUGUGGGCAUGAAAGAACUUCAUGUUUAGAUCACUCGCUCAAUCCUCCUCAAAAUUAUCAUUCAUUUGCGUGUGCCGCGUUAAUGUUUUAAUCUUCUGAACAACUUAGACAGUCCAUCUCAGAAGGAAAUUAAUUCUCUCUCUCUCUCUCUCUCUCUCUCUCUCUCUCUCUGUCCAGGAGGAUAUCUAUAAGUUAUUUCGGUGAUAGUUUAACUUGUUGAGUUUGCACCACAGAACUUUCGACCUGGAUCAUGUUCAACUAAGUACGUAAUCCGCGCGUGAAGAAAGUUAUAACAAGAGAGAAGACAAACUAAUUUCAUUUAUUCUCAUACGUACUCGUUUUUAGGUAUAUGUUUUAAUUUUCAGAUGUAUUAGCUAAAAUAGGGUACCUUGGCAUAUACCAGAACACAAUAUUUCUCGUGCAAGAAUGGAGUAUUUUCUAAGACGUUAAUGAAUCGGGAAAGUGAUAUCAUUUCUUUGAAAUCCUUCACAGGCCUGGUUUAAUCUCAAUGAUAUUCAUUUUUAUACGAAGCAAAAAAUGGAAACCAGCUACUUCGCGGCCUGCAGAUAACGGGCGGAGUAGUUGAAUGGUCUAGAUUAAUUGUAAAUUGUUUCCAAGAUUAAAGCAUAAUAUUCAUAAUAUUUAUGAAUGCCGUUAUACGUACCCCUAUAUUUCGUUCAGUUCCUUCAGGAUACGAUGAUCUCUUUGUACAGAAAAGAAAGCUUUGACCAUGGAUAUAUGUUAUAAAAAGGGCCGGAAAAAGAAAAAAAAAAAAAAGAAAAAGAAAAAGAAAAAAGAAAGUCUCGAGUAGGUACUUGAGAUGCAGGCAUUACUGUGGUGGUGGAUGUGAUAGGCUGUCAUGUUGGAAGAUAUUUCAUAUGGGAAGUUAUUGGUGUGGCUCAAAAUGUCUCAGUCGACGAACAGGAAAAGAAACAGACAACUUUUACUGGAAAGCUGUUAAUCUUAUCAAUUCGUGCAGUCUUACUAUACGCACAUAUUCUUCGGGUAGAAGCUGCAAUCUAGCGUUGCAGAAGCUAACUUGAGAUUCGAUGGAUCAGAAGCUUCUUAACCCAUAUGACAGGGAAUGCAUGAGAAUGGCCAUGAUAAAACAUGAAGAAACAUUCAAGGAGCAGGUAAGUGAACUUCAUCGUCUAUAUCAGAUCCAGAAGAUGUUAAUGAAAAACAGUAGGAGCAACAGGCCUUAUAUUGGAAGGAGCCAAGAGCUAUGGAAUUUGAAGAAUGAACUUGGUUUCAUUCAGAAUAGUAAUGAUCAUCAUCAGCGUGAUGCAGAACACAAACCACAAAGCUGGAAACUUGAUCUGGAACAGCCUGCCGAGGACUAUAUUGCAGAACCAGAUGAUGGUGAGGGAGUGCUAGAUCAGCUUAUAGAGGAGAGUGAGAUUGAGCUGACUCUGGGUCCAUCAAAUUACAACAGAUGGAAGAAACCCGAGACUCCAUUAACCUCAGAUUCCGGACCAAGCUUUUCUUCUUCUUCGACUGGAUCCAGUCAGAUAAAUAGAACAAGUUCUUGGAUCCAUCAGAUGACAAGAGACCAGUUAAAUGGCUAUGAACUGGGGCUUGUCAAGGUACCCGACAUGACAUCUGGGUACCAUAGCAGAAGCAAAAACAAUAUUGAUGUCGAAGAACAACAACUAAGACAAGAGAGGCUAAACCAGGCUCCUUGGCUUUUCCAAGUCUUGAGUUUGAACAUGACUUGAAAAAAUCUACCAAGUUGAGGUGAUCGAGUUUAAGGAUUAAACUCCUUGGCGAGCGACUAAUUCUAUGACUAAUGUUUGUGUGGAAUUUUCUGCUUAGUUUUUGGCAUAAUGCAUGUGUACUGAUGGAGUCUCUUUGUGUAAAGCGAUUUUUCCUGACUUGAAAACCCAUCACCAUUUGCAAAGUGACCCA